GAUAAAUUAAUGUGUGCCACACACGAGCGAAAUAAAUUUUUUAAUUUAGUUGAAGUUUCCAUAUUAGGAUGAUUUGGAGAUUAUGGUAUCAAUUUGAAUCAAGAUAUAUAAUAUUUAAGUUAUGAAUUAUGAUACUUUCUUGAAAUAAUUCUACCUCGUAAUCUCUAAAUUCUUCUAAUGAUUCACUGUUUGGAAACUUAAUAAUCACAAGUUGAAAAAAGAAUAUUCGCUGACAAAAGAAUAAGGAAAUACUUUAAUUUUUGACCAAUUAUUUAGGACAUGUAUUUAACUGAUAUAUAUCCUAUUAGAUUUGAACAAAGACCAAACCAUUAAUCACGAGUUGUAUAAAUUAGAAGGGACACCUAUGAAUCCAAACAUAAUAAGUGAAAAUAAAAUGGAGAAAAUUUCAGCAUUCUUCGUCAUUCUCUUCCUUGUCUCGUCGUGCAUGGUAACAAUGAGUGUUGGAGAUAUAUGUCAAACGGACAGAGAUUGUGUGGAGAUUGGGAUUCCAAGAUGUAAGAGAACAGGAAAGAUGCCGAUUUGUUACAACGGAUAUUGUAGCUGUUUCGCUAAAAGACCUCCUGCUUCCACUACUCGGAACUCUCCUUCUUCAUCAACCACCAAAUUCGUUUGAUCUGAAUUCAUAUAUUUAUGCAUGUUGCUUUUAUUUAAGCUGGGAUUAAAGUAGUUAGGAAUCUUUCAUUGCCUCACUAUUAUCUUCUUUACACGCAUCUUUCAUCUACAUGUAUUUCGAUUAUCAAUCAUAGCAAUAUUAUUGCCUUUUACUUGAUUCAAAUUCAACGUAAUGGUAAGAAUUAAAAUAGUGCUCUUAUUAUUGAUAAGAAAAAUGAAACACACGAGAUCGAUGGAUAAUAUGAUAAGAAUUUUUUUUAUCAUGAAGAGUGUAAAACAGUUAGAAGAUUUAAUCAGACGUUCAUAAUCAAGAAGAAAAUUUGCUAGAUACAUACGAUACUAAACGAAAUCAUACGAAUCAUACACUGACGAUCUACGUUAAUUAACAUAGUCAUAUAGAGACAACUGAAUAUUAUACUAACAUUUUGCAAAAAUGGCAGUAGAACAAAAAAAAUAGAAAAUGGUAAAAAAAAAAAGGUAUCUUAUAUAUUCAAAAGAGCAAUCAGAGAACAUGCCUUCAAGGAAUCUGACAAAUUGGACCAUUGUUUUUCUUUUCCAAUUUAAUGGAAUAUAUUUAAAAAAUAGUUAAACUUGUGGUGCCUCACAUGUUCUCAGCUCUAUAAAUGAAUUUUGACUGCAUAAAAAUACUUAUUUUUCCAAAACUGACAAUUUACUUAAAAAGCUGCAAACGCUAUAAAU